AUGCUGCGCUCCACGUCCACCGUCACCCUGCUCUCGGGCGGCGGCGCCGGGGCGCCCAGCAGGAGGGCAAAUGUCUGCAGACUGCGGCUGACUGUACCUCCCGAGAGUCCAGCUCCAGAGUCAGGUGAAAAGAAGGUCGAAAGAAAAGAACAACGUCCUGACUUAAGCAAUGGAGAACCUACCAGGAAACUUCCCCAGGGUGUUGUCUACGGUGUGGUGCGGAGAUCAGAUCCCAACGAACAGAAGGAAAUGGUGGUGUAUGGGUGGUCCACCAAUCAGCUGAAAGAAGAGAUGAACUACAUCAAAGAUGUGAGAGCCACUUUGGAAAAAGUAAGGAAGCGAAUGUAUGGAGACUAUGAUGAAAUGAGACAGAAGAUUCGACAGCUCACCCAGGAACUGUCAGUUUCACAGGCUCAGCAGGAGUAUCUAGAGAAUCACAUCCAGACACAGUCGUCAGCCCUGGACAGCUUUAAUGCCAUGAACUCAGCCUUAGCAUCGGACUCCAUCGGCCUGCAGAAAACCCUCGUGGAUGUUACUUUGGAAAAUAGCAACAUUAAGGACCAGAUCAGAAAUCUGCAGCAGACCUAUGAAGCAUCCAUGGACAAGCUGCGGGAAAAGCAGAGGCAGUUAGAGGCAGCGCAAGUUGAAAACCAGCUGCUGAAAAUGAAGGUGGAAUCCUCCCAGGAAGCCAACGCUGAGGUGAUGCGAGAGAUGACCAAGAAGCUGUACAGCCAGUACGAGGAGAAGCUGCAGGAAGAGCAGCGGAAGCACAGUGCCGAGAAGGAGGCUCUGCUGGAAGAAACCAAUAGUUUUCUGAAAGCUAUUGAAGAAGCCAAUAAAAAGAUGGAGGCGGCGGAGAUCAGCCUAGAGGAGAAGGACCAGAAGAUUGGAGAGCUGGACAGGCUGAUUGAGCGCAUGGAAAAGGAACGCCAUCAACUACAGCUACAGCUCCUGGAGCAUGAAACAGAAAUGUCAGGGGAAAUAACUGGUUCUGACAAGGAAAGGUAUCAGCAGCUGGAGGAGGCAUCUGCCAGCCUCCGGGAACGGAUCAGACACCUAGACGACAUGGUGCAUUGCCAGCAGAAGAAAGUCAAACAGAUGGUUGAGGAGAUUGAAUCAUUAAAGAAAAAGGUGCAGCAGAAACAGCUCUUAAUACUGCAGCUUUUAGAAAAGAUAUCUUUCUUGGAAGGAGAGAAUAAUGAACUACAAAGCAGGUUGGACUAUUUAACAGAAACCCAGCCCAAGCCUGAGGUGGAAACCAGAGAGAUUGGAGUAGGCUGUGAUCUUCUACCCAGCCCAACAGGGAGGACUCGUGAGAUCGCAAUGCCUUCCAGGAAUUACACACCGUACACACGAGUCCUGGAGUUAACCCUGAAGAAAACUCUGACUUAG